AUUUGUUAUGUAAGAUGAAGUGUUUCCAUGGGAUACCGUUGCCAGUGCUAGUUGGUCAGCUACGCCCACGCAAUUACACUUUUGCACAUCUAGGUUGAACAAACACAAGGUGUGAGAACCGCAGGAGAGAGCUGCAAUGUCUGCAGCCAUAGUUACCCAUCCAGGCAUGAAGAUGACGUAUUCACAGAAGCUGGCAAUUCCAAAACAGUCGAAAGCAGCAUGGUUUACUAGUUUCGGUCAAAAUGUGGCGUGGGGCAACCAGGAGCCCAUGUCCCCCAUCAAUCCUGCUACCCUCAUAGCUGUACCUACUGAGAGGAUUUCUUCACUGGCCAGGCCAAAGAAGCAUCAAUUAAAACCAGACAUUUACAUUCCUGAGUUCUAUUACAGCUGUGGACGGACUUCUCAGAUCUGGCAAUUGAAUUCCUCAGCCAUGACUGCCUCUCCCUCAGAUCGUAUCUCUUAUUUGGCAAGACACAAGACAGCACCAGCUGGCCAUAUUGAGCACAGACCCCAGUUUGUGUACGGCUGUGGAAGAACCUCAUCCAUAUGGCAAUCACAGCCUCGAGCUAGGAGCUGGAGCAAUCCUGUAGUGAGACCAAGAACGGCUGAACUGGCCAGGCCAAAGCAAACACAUUCUGAUUACAGACCAAACAGACAGGUUGAGACUAUAGUGAGCGCUACUGCUAUGAGUGCUACACCCUCUGAGUACAUUGAGAGUCUUGCCAGACCAAAAUCUCGCCCUGGUGGUCCAUUUCGUGAUCCACAAUGGACAGUCCCCACAGCAGCACUACAGGCUACCCCUUCUGACAGAGUAAUGGACUUAGCCAAACCAAAAAGACUGGCUGAUGGCUACCAGCUGAGUAGAGAAGUGGUGUGGAGGAUCAGCACUGGAGCCAAGAAUGCAAUGGCUAGUAACAGGCUGGAUGAUUUGUCCAAGCCCAUAAUUCGAGACACGAUGGAUCAUGUCCAGUUCAAUCCCGAUGCUUUCAAUGUUAGUGAGGCUGCAAAGAAAGCAAAAGCUUCAGCCAGGAUUGAGGAGCUGUCACAACCCAUCACAAGGGGGGUCUGAGCAAGCUAUAUAGCAACCGUUAAUUUAAUAACCAUGCAAUAGUUGACACCUUUUUUGUGUUAAUUUGUGAGAUGAAAUCAUAUAUAUAACACUAUGCACACCCAUCCCAUUUUAGUUUAUGGACUGUACAAUGUGUCAGUUGGUAUUCAUGUCACUGUCAACAUAUUCACAAUACAAC